AUGGCUGCCUCUAACAAUUGCUCAAUCCUCUUCGUUAUCGUAGCAUUAUUGUCCUUUUCAAGUAUAUCAACAAGUCGUGCUGCUCGUAGCCUAAUGCAACUUCCAAACUUGCCAAAAAUCCCCUCAUUGCCUCAACCAACAAUGCCACAGUUGCCUACUAUUCCCAACUUACCAACAGCAGCAACAUUGCCACCAUUGCCAAGUGCAGUAUCUUUGCCAACACUUCCUACCGCUAAUUCGCCAUUGCCAUCUUUGCCUACAUUGCCUUCUAUACCAAAGAUGACUCUGCCACCAGUGCCUGCUAAUAUUCCACUGCCCAAAAUGCCAUCAUUUCCUAACAUUCCCACAAUUCCAAACAUGCCUACACUUUCACCACCUCCAUCCAACUAA